AAUUUAAAAUUGUAUGUACAUGAGUAUAUUUUUUAAAUUUCACUUGUGAAAUUAUAUGGAUUCGCCAUGAAAAAUGGGGAAACUUAUGAAUGGUUUUCAGCAAAUGCAAAUGAUGAAUUGAUCGAAUUUUUUUGUACUUUUUGCUGGAAAAAUGGCAGGAAAUCGUGGAAUUAGGUUUUGGUAUAUGUUUCAUCCAUGGCCGGAACUGCCAAGGGACACCAUACCGGAGAGGAAGGAGGAGCAGGAAGCUCCGAAGUCGUUUUUGAGCCGUCAAUGGAUAAAUUUCCAGUCCAUAUAAUAAGUUGUAUAUUGGAAAAACUGGAUUUGGAAUCUGUUUGCACCGCCGCUUGUGUCUCUCCGACUUUCAGUUCCGCCGCCGCACAAGUUUUCCCUUCUUUAUCGUCUCUCGAUCUUUCCGGACAUUAUCUGGAUGAAGAAACUCUAAAACAAGUAGCGCGUAGGGUCCAAGGAGCCAAUAGUUUAACUAUUGAUUGCCUCCAACUGAAGAAUGACACCUCCAUUUUCAAUAUUCUUGGUGAACAUAUCGAAGAUUUGAGUUUGCUCAAAUGUUCCUCUCUGUCUUACCACAUUCUUAGUGCAAUUAGAGAAAGGUGCCCCAACUUAAGGUCCUUGCUUAUUGAAUUUGCUGGGUGUGAAGAUCCACAACUUUUCAAAAACAAACUUACAGAAAUGCUCCAAAAGUUGACCUUGUUAGAGGUGCUGUCCAUAAAAAUUCGAGUGACCUACUUUGAUGUAUUUGAUGUACGACCUCUUGAACUAUUUCUGCCCAAAAGUUUAAAAAAAUUGAAGUUACAACAAACAGAGGGACGCACAUUUGUCCAUUGGUUAGAUAAGAUCAGGGAUAUCCCUUGGUUCAACUUGCAAAGCUUAUCUCUUGUCUUGGAUGUUAUAUCAGAUAGUCUUCUCAUGACAGUUGUGUAUUCUCUUCCUCUUUUGGUGGAGCUGGAUCUUGAAGACAGACCUUUUAUGGAUCCAACGGCACUGGACUUGACCAACAUUGGAAUGCAGUGUGUGCAGUCCUGCAAGCAUCUAAUUACCCUUGCAAUUGUUCGAAGUAGUAUGUAUUGUCCCACUGCAUUUACGAGAGUGGACAAUAUGGGCAUGUUCCUUCUUUCUGAAGGUUGUGGAAGGUUGGAAUCAGUGAAACUUGGUGGGUUCGCAAACGUUACUGAUGCUGGGUUUUCGUCAAUUCUGUACUCAUGCCGGAAACUGAAGAAAUUUGAAGUGUCAAAUUCACGUCUAUUAUCAGACUUGGUGUUUCAUAAUAUGAGAGGAGUUGCAAGGUCCCUAAUUGAAUUAAGGUUGUUAUCAUGCAGGCUUCUAACUAGUGAAGCUUUGGAGGAGUUGUCCUCAUUGAGUAAGUUGGAGGUACUUGACACAAGUGGGUGCAGAAGCAUUGCAGACCCCUGUCUCUUCGUCAUAUCAAGUGUUACUACACUCACAAAACUAAACUUAGCAGAAGCUGAUAUCACCGAUAAGGGUCUUGCUUUGCUUGGUAUGGGAAACUUGGGCAUUACGCAGUUGUGCAUCAGAGGCUGUAAGAGAGUAACUGAUAAGGGAAUUGAGCGUUUAUUUCGUGCUGAAGGGAAAAUUGGUAAGACGUUAUCACUGUUGGAUGUCAGUCGCAUGCCCGGAAUAACUGAUGCAGCUAUAUUUACCAUUGCAUCUGCUGCUAAAGCAUUAACUGAUUUAAGUCUAAGGUACUGCUUUCAUGUGACUGAUGCUGCAGUGAAGAUGUUGGUGGAUAGACCAAAUCACAAGGGUAGUCUAGUUCAAAAGCUUGAUCUUUUUGAAUGUCGAAGUCUGUCUGGUGAUUCGAUAAUGCUACUUAUGCACAAGUCUUCUUUCCGUGGUUUGCGCUGGCUUGGUGUUGGAGGUACUCUGUUAGUCGAUAAAAGAGACAAUUUCUCCACAAUAUGCAAUGUGCGACCCUGGCUGGUUGUGUGUUUUGAUGGCUGCGAAUUUGGGUGCCAUGAUGGUUGGCAAUUUCAUUAACAGAAGGCGGAUAUUUUAAGAGGAAAUUCAACAGAUCAAGAUGGACCUCAUCCUUGGCAUCUCAAAGGCUGGCCCCUUUUACAUAGUAGUAACAUUUCAAUUAGGUAUCUCCAUAUUUCAGUAGCACAAGUUGGUGAUGCAUGUUGGAUUGCUUCCUAGGCUGCAACUCAUCUUUUGUGUCUCUACGUGUGCUUGAGCAAGACUCUGUUUAUUUUAUUUUAGCCUUCUCCCUUAGUUUAGGCAUUAUUGUGCUUUAUUAGCUAUCUAUUGUAAUGAACCUUUAGAAUUACAAACACCCUGUUAAACCGUUUUAAAUGAACCAUGAUCAUUGAUCAAUUAUA